GGCUGAUGGUUAUGGCCAGGUAAAGCCCAACUUGCUGACAUUCUCAGGCUGUCUCAGGAUGCGGGUCAAGGCCCGAGGCCGGUGCUUGUUUCGCUGCAAUUCGGAGUGAGAGCUGUUUUUUUGUGUUUUUUUCUGCGGGGUUUUGGGACGCACUCUUGUUCGCAUUUCGAGACGACAAUAUUCUAUGACUUGGUUUUGAAUGUGCUGUGGCAAGCGCAUGCAAGUCGCCGGUCCCAGAUCAUGUGGCAACGUGGCUGCUGGCUCAAGUCAAAGGAUCUGAAGGAAUCUCGGGAACAGGUGCCAUGGCCUCCAGGCUCUUUGCCCUGGUGCUGGCUGCACUUGCAGCGUCGCAGUUCCUGGCCUUCGUGUCCUCGCGGCCCGCGAGCGGUCGUGCGGCACAUGUAGCGCGUGCUGCUGAGAAGGAUGCCAAGGCCUUCUUUCCGAAGCGGCCUCCUGGCACCGACCCCCCACCGCCACCAAAGGCCUCCCAGAUCAGCAUGCUUGACAUCAUCUACAUUCGCAAGUACCUGGCUGGCAACCAGAAGGAGCUCCAGAAGGCGGUGAACAGGUUCUCCCACAUGGAUCCCUACAUGAAGGGGCGCAUCCCCGCCUUCAUCGAGAAGACGAGCCUCCUGAACAUCAAGAUCCCUCUCUGAGAGCGGCGAUCAGAGCGCGCAGACAUGUGAGACACAAGCAAGGCGUUCUGGAAAUCUCAGAGCCAGCAUGCACG